AUGGAAGAUCGUGAUGGAUUUAGGAAGAGAUAUGGAAAUAUUUUAUCUUUGAUGAAAGUGAAAGUGGAUAGCAUGGCUUUGAGGGUUGUUUCACAUUUUUAUGACCCAAUGUAUCAUUGUUUCACUUUCCCCGAUUAUCAAUUGUCCCCGACUCUCGAAGAAUUCGCUUACAUUGUGAGAAUCCCAAUCCGUGAUAAGAUUAUUUUCAUUGGAGGAGAAAAGAAACCUAAGUCCCGCAUUAUUGGGGCAUCUCUUCAUGUUCCAAAGGUCGAAGUAGAAAAUGGUCUCAUCACCAAAGGAGGAAUUUUCGGUUUCCCCAUCAAGUAUUUGGGGGAAAGAGCUUCACAUUAUGCCAACAUGGGAAGUAAUUAUGUGUUUGAGGAAAUCUUGGCCUUAAUGAUUUAUGGGAUUCUACUCUUCCCAAGAUUCAAAGACUUUGUCUAUAUGGAUGUUAUUCGGGUUUUCAUGACUUGUAAUUUGGUUCCUACUCUUCUAGGAGAUGUCUACUACCCCAUCCACUUUAGGACCAAGAAGAAAGGUGGAUGGGUCCGUUGUUGUGCACCUAUACUUUACAAGUGGUUUAUUUCGCACUUGUUGCAGUCCACUUUAUACAACAAGGACAAUCUCAUGUGGUCAAAAAGGUUGAUGGCUCUCACUAAUAAGGACAUAGUAUGGUACAAUGCAGCCUAUGAUAUUGGGACGAUUACAGUAAGUUGUGGGGAAUUCCAUAACACACCUUUUGUCAGUAUGAAAGGGGUUAUUACCUACAAUCCAUCUUUAGCAUACCGUCAUCUUGGCUAUUCCAUGGAUGAUAAGCCUAAGUCUCUUUAG